CUUGGCCCACAUCGUCAUCGCUAGGAAACAGUACACAUGCCUUCGAGGUCCUCUUUAAAGCGCUUUCCAACAUGAAAUCCUCCCGCUGCAGCCUCACAGAUGUUCAGCGUCAGAUAGAUGAAGUCAAGCGCUUCCUGUCGGUGACUCUCGCCAUCGCUAAUGCUCACACAGUCGAGUUUUACACCCACGACGUGUGGAAGCGGUUCGUUGCUGUGUCGCCGCAGGAGGUCCUGUCAGCGGUCAGUUCCGGUCGCGACCAGCAGGGGGAGGCACAACACAGAGCUCCGGAGCGUUCCAGGACCACAUUUGGGUUUUGCGUUGUUUCAAACCGGCUGGUUGACGUCCGUGAGCUGUUACAGGCGGCCAAGGCCCAGUCCCUGCCUGGCCUGGGAGCGUGCAUGAGCAGGGACGAGCUGCUACGGAGCCUCAGAGGCAGCGAGUUGGAAAUCGCUAAUGAACUGGAGCCAGAUGAGUUCAUGAACGCUAAGAAAUCCCAUGAAGUCCAGUGCAUGUCUAAGGUGGUCGCCCAUUUGGCCCGGCAUUGUGGAGUCAAACAGGUGAUAGAUGUGGGGUCAGGGAAGGGCUACCUGAGCUCCUUCCUGUCGCUGCAGUACGGUCUUCAGGUGUUCGGCAUAGAUUCCUCCAGCACUAACACCCACGGUGCUCAGGAGAGGAACAGGAAGCUCAAGAAGUUCUCACGGGCAUACCAGAAACACGCAUGGACAAAGAGGGAGGCCCCAUCCUCGCUUCUAGAGGCGACGGCAGAAGUAAAACCUGAGCUGAAUCAGGACGGGGAUGCUUUGGCGGGAAGUGAGCCUCAGCAGGAAGAGACGGUGUCAGUCAACGCGUCACCCGUCAGCCCCGCAGGAGAAACUCAGUCGGAGCUAAAUUCAGGAGCAGAGGAGCUCUUUCUGAGCGCCCUGUCAGCCGACGUGAUUCAGCCUUCAUCCCCCAGAGUUCCUCCAGGUCAGCUCAGUGCUGAGGAGAGGGAGAGGAGGAAGCGAGAGAACCUGGAGAAGAAAGCCCGGGCCAGAGGAGAGGGCGCUGAUGGCUUGUUUUCGCCGCUCACGUCUUACGUGACGGCAGAAACCGAGCUGAGAGAGCUCAUCACCGAGCUGGAGGAAGCCAUCAUGGUCGGCCUGCACACGUGUGGAGACUUGGCUGCAAGCACUCUGAGAAUGUUUGUGGCGAAGCCAGAGCUGUCCGCAGUCUGCGGCGUGGGCUGCUGCUAUCACCUUCUGUCUGAGGACUUUAACCCGGACGGACGGGAGAAACCUUCGCAGGCUGCGUGUGGUUUCCCCCUGAGUCAGUACCUCCGCGAUCAGUCCUGGUUCUGCGGCAGGAACGCCAGGAUGUCAGCAUGUUUGGCACUGGAGAGAGUCUCACUUGGCCAGGGUAUCCAGAUGGAGUCUUUGUUCUACCGGGCAGUACUUCAUGUUAUUCUGAGGGACCACUACAGCUCCUAUAAAAGUGAAAAGCGGGUCGGAAAUGUUUAUUCCAAAGCAAAAUCGUUUGUGGACUACGUGCGGCGAGCUCUGCGCAGACUGGAGCUGGACGACUCAAAGCUUUGUGACAGUGACAUUCAGAGCUACCAUGACGCAUACGUAGCACGGAUGGACGAGAUGCACGCCUUCAACAUGUUGAAGGUGACCCUUGCUCCAUGCAUUGAGGGCCUGAUUCUGCUCGAUCGCCUCUGCUACCUGAAAGAACAGGAGGAUGUAUGCUUCUCUGCGUUGGUUCAACUGUUUGACCCCCUGCUGUCUCCCAGAUGCUACGCUAUCGUUGGACUCAAGAGUCAUACGAAACUAAAAAGCUCAGAGACUUAUGCAUGUGAGGAUAGGCAACCAUAUGCAUAGAUAUAGACAUAUUUAAUGGGAUACAUGAUUAUCAGCAUUUGUCCUCUAAAAGAACUGUUUUAUAUUGCAUCAUAACACCCUUGUUUAAUGAAGCGUAUGGAUUUAUAUGAAUGCGUAUUUCUAUCCUCCAGGUUCUGUUUGGCUUAUUUUGGUUUCUGAUUGGCCAGAUGUGCGAAA